AUCCUCCAUCAUAUCCUAUCGACUUGUGCCUCGUCGCCCACCUCUACAGCCCAGAAGUACGAUCAUCUAUCAGCAGCGUUCGUCACCGAUUUGCGCAUUGCAACUUUUGUCGUCUUCGUUUCGGACCACGCACCUGAUCGAGUCGAGUCGGAGCAUCAUAAGCUCCAAACUUUUCUUCGUUCUCUUUUUUCUUUUGGGGGAAGUAGACUCGGUCGCUCCCACUUGCAAGUACUUUUGAGCAUCAUGUCGGACGCAAAGGCUCGCGGUGGAAAGGCUAGCGUUGGUGGGGCUUCCAAGGUCUCGGGUGCCGGCGAGAAGAAGAAGGCCACUACUCAAUCUUUCCGUGCGGGUUUGCAAUUCCCGGUCGGUAGAAUCCACCGUCAUUUGAAGAGUCGCGGACAGAACCACGUUCGUGUCGGUGCCAAGGCUGCCGUCUACGCCAGUGCUAUCUUGGAGUACCUCACUGCCGAAGUGCUCGAGCUUGCUGGUAACGCUGCCAAGGACCUCAAGAUGAAGCGUAUCAAGCCUCGUCACUUGCAGCUGGCUAUUCGUGGUGAUGAGGAGUUGGACAGCUUGGUCCGCGCCACGAUUGCAGGUGGUGGUGUUCUUCCUUACAUUCACAAGUCCCUCAUCAAGACUAGCGGCAAGAAGAAGGCUGUCACUGCUACCGACUGAGCGUAUCACACGACAAGCAUAAUCGGUCUGCCGAACUCGAAUCAGCACUGUUCAGGGCAGAGAAGCAUGCAGCGUGAUUUGUACCUCUCUGGGUGGACGAGCAGACGGACCUGCAGAGCGGCUACACGUAGAUCGCUUCUUCGCCUAUUCCCUUUGCUAGGCAGCCUCUCCCUCCAUGCGAGAACACGAAUCGAGCAAGACGUUGCUUUUCUUUCUCUCUCAAUCCAUCCAUGCUACCUACGCUCCGCUUCACUCUCUUCAUUCGCGGAUCCAUACCGAACCGUGUUGAAUGUACUCUAUCGACGAAUCUCCGGCUGCCUCUUCGCCCAAAUAACGCACAUGAUUGACGGUGAAUAGCGC